AUGGCCGGCUCAAAAGGAGGACUCGUCGAUGCGUCCGUGUCGGGAUGCAUACGCGCGAUUCUGAUCGCCUACGCCGCGUAUUCCGCCUACGCUAUUCGUUUAUUCGCGGUGCAAGAAUACGGGAGGAUCAUUCACGAAUUCGACCCGUGGUUCAACUUUCGAGCGACGCAAUAUUUAGCGGAAAACGGAUGGAAAAAAUUUUCCACCUGGUUCGAUUACAUGAGUUGGUACCCGCUGGGAAGACCAGUCGGGUCGACGAUUUACCCCGGGAUGCAAGUCACCGCGGUGACGUUGUGGAAAGCGAUCAACGUAUUCACGCCGAUUUCGUUGAACGAUACGUGCGUGUUUUUUCCGGCGUGGUUCGGCGGCGCGGCGACGGUGUUGACGGCGAUGUUGACGUACGAGUGUUCCGGGAGCGCUUGGGGUGGGGUAGUCGCGGCUUUGAUUAUGGCGAUCAUCCCGGCGCAUACGAUGAGGUCCAUCGCGGGUGGGUACGAUAACGAGUCUUUAGCGGUGACGGCGAUGGUGUUGACGUUUUACAUGUGGACGAGAUCGAAUAGAAACGAAAAAUCUUGGCCGUUGGGCGCGGUGGCUGGGUUGUGCUACGUGUACAUGGUCGCCGCCUGGGGUGGGUACACGUUCGUUUUGAAUAUGGUUGGUUUACACGCGGCGGCGUUGGUCGCGUUGAGGCAUUACACUGACGCGUUGAGAAAGGCGUAUUCGUUGUUUUGGAUCGUGGGUACUUUGGGGGCGAUUCAGUUUCCCGUGGUCGGGUUACAACCGAUUAAAAGCGCCGAGCAAAUUGCUCCGAUGUUUGUAUUUUUUGGUUUGAACAUCAUCGGGUACGGGGAGAUGUUAGUGAAGAAGCAAAAGUUGCAAGGCGAUAGGAAGAAGGCGUGGCAGUUACGAAUAAGGGUGUACACGGGAGCGGCGACGAUUGCGUGUGCUAUUUGCGCCGCGUUGGCGCCAACCGGGUGGUUCGGGCCGUUGUCCGUCCGCGUUCGCGGUUUGUUUAUUAAACACACGCAAACUGGGAAUCCGUUGGUAGACUCGGUCGCCGAACAUCAACCGGGGACCGCGGACGCGUACGAGAGGUACUUGCACAAGUCCAUGUUUAUGACCGCCCCGAUUGGUUUCCUCUUUGCCAUGGCGCACUUCUUCGCGCACGUCAACCCGCAAUCAUUGUUCUUGCCGUUGUACGCCUGCGUGGCAUAUUAUUUCGCCAACAGAAUGGUUCGUUUGAUCAUCUUCUUAGGCCCGAUUGCGGCGAGUUUGUGCGGGAUCGCGGUUGGGUACGCCCUCGACGAUUUGCACAAGAUUUGCAAGAAAUACGCCGUUCGAUACUUGGAAGGUAAAUCGAUUUUGUUCCACGUGGAUGAAGAAGAGAAGAAAGCCAAAGAAGAGGCGAAGAAAAGAGCGGACGAACCGCCGGCGAAGAUUUCGAACACAAAAAUGAAGAAGAAGUAUUCCAACAACGUGACCUCUUCCUCUUCAGAUGCGAAGAAUAAAGAUUCUUUCGUCAGUGACCCGAGACAAGCCAUCUCGAAGAUCUACCACUCGAACGUUUCCGUCUUGUUUCGUUUGACGCUCUUGUGUCUCGGACUCGCGAACUUUGCCAUCAUGUGGCCUGCAUUUAUGAACUACUCCUACGAGAUGGCGCAGGGCAUGUCCAUGCCGUCCGUAAUGUUCAAAGGCCAACUCCAAGAUGGCCGGGUCAUUCUCGUUCGCGAUUACAUGGACGCUUACGAGUGGGUGCGAGACAACACGCCGGAAGACGCUCGCGUCAUGGCCUGGUGGGAUUACGGUUACCAAAUCACCGGCAUCGCCAACCGCACCUCCAUCGCGGAUGGGAACACGUGGAACCACGAACACAUCGCCAACCUCGCGCGAACGCUCACCGCGCCGGAAGACGAAGCGUACGACGUCAUCCGUCACUUGGCCGAUUACGUCCUCGUGUGGACAGGUGGCGGUUCCGACGAUAUGGCAAAAUCGCCGCAUCUCUUCCGCAUUGGCGCCAGCAUCGGUCAAAAAGGUGGCACCGUGGACAUGAUGGACAUCCACCGCAAAUUCGGCGUCGACCGUCAAGGCCGUCCGACGCCUAUGAUGGCCAAUUCGUUACUCUUCAAACUCGUCUCCUUCCAAGGCGGCGUCUCCGAAGACCACUUCGAAGAAGUCUUCACGACGAAAUAUAGAAAAGUGCGCAUUUACAAAGUCGUCGACGUGGACAUGGAAUCUCGAAACUGGCUCUCAGAUCCGAGCAACCGCGUGUGCGACCCGCCGGGAAGUUGGCAGUGCCCCGGCCGAUACCCGCCGGCGUUGAAAAAGUACCCGAAGUUGAUCAAACCGGCGUACCCGGCGGAAAGAGAAAAAAUGGCCGCCGAAAACGCAAAAAAGAUGAAGAAGAAGAGCGGUGGUAGUGCAUCAGAACUUUAA